AUGUUCCGGAUCCCCGAGCCAGCGGAAGUGCUUUCCAUGCAGGCGGAGGGGCUGCGCUGCGUAAGCGCGCUGACCUCCCCCCAGCUGUUGUCACAGAUCUUCGGGCACCGGGACUGCCUGGAGAUGGAGAAGUUUGUGGAGGCCGGGCGCUACUGGCAGCAGGUGGGCUUCUUCCAGUUCCUGCAGGCCACAGCCAAGGAGCAGCUUUCCUGCCUGAACCUGGGCAGGCGCUGGGAACUGUCUUGGAACUACGUGUCUUCGGAUAUGAACGCAGUGGCGAACCAUUUGCUGAUGACCCUAAAGUCUCAGCUCAUGGUGGCCAUGGCGCGCAAGACGCUGGUGGAUGCGGGCCAGGUCCUUGCAGAUGGGGAGCUUGCGACUGUCAGGUCAGACGUGUACCCGCGCGCAGCAUGA